CUGUAUAUAUCUAAUGUCUGUUGGUUACUGAGGCCAAAAACGACAAUCUCCUAUAAUAAUGUAGUGUCUAUUUCUUGACAUUUUGUGGUGCUCGUCCUUGAGCUUUUUGAAAGUUGUACCAGAGACUUGGAUUUGGAUGUUUACGAAUACGCUUUUGGUAUGUUUUCAUUGAGUGUGCAACUUCUGCCUUUAUAGUUUUAAUUUAAAUGAUGCGAUGAAAAAUGAGGCGUUUAAAAGAGGAAAUUUAUAGUCAACUUAAUGUUAGUUGUGGUCAACAACGAACGUUAUUUAAACAAAUAAUACCUAAAUAUCGUCUACAAUGUCGAGUUGUGUGUUCAGGAAGUGUAAAAACUAUAUAUAGGUACAUAAAUAUAUAAUGGAAUUAAAGACAAAUUGUGCAUGUGUGCGCUCAGUGUUGUAGCCCAUAAUUCGGAUGAAUUAUUUUGUAGGGACGUAACCGAUCUAUAGUUUAAAAUUAUCAUUUUUUUUUUUUAUAUAUUUGACAUAAUAUCCUCCAUGUUGCGCAUUUACACACAAAAUAAAAAUGUCAAACAAACAAUGACUUUAAAAUUGAUAUUGUGUAUGAGUUUAUUUUUUACCAGCAUUUUCUUUUUCAUCCUCCUGUUUACGAUAUUUCUCAAUUCCGAAUCAAGCGGGCAGAAACACAAUGCUGGUCUCAGACGCUGGCUUAAGCGACACGAGUGACGUAUUCGUGAGAAUCGUCAGCCCAGAAGGGCAAAUGUUCACAGCGUCCUUCCCCGACGACACGCUGAUUGAGGAAGUGAAGAACCGCGCUGUAGAAUACUUCUAUCCUUCUGGAGAAACUAGAUCCGGUCGCUUCAAAAUUGUAAGAGUGAACGACACAACCACCCUGCACGAUUUCCUCACUCUAGCGCAGGAAGAAGUCAUCAUGCAUGAAGAGUUAUUGCUCAUAGAACGCCGCGUCCCUGAAGCUGGCACACUGUCAGACUUAGGAUCAGUUAGAGCACCACAACCAGCUGCCAUAGUAGCCGCAACAGCUUCCCUACCAAACCCUCAAGGUGUGACGCGGCAACCGAAUCUACAAUCCUUAUUAUCGACUAAUGAGUUAUCCUACGAACUGAGGAAGAUAUUGAUAUCGUUGGUAGAAGCUGGCGCAAAAUUAGCAGCAUCUGGCAGGAACUACGAAUUGACUUUAGGUCAGCUAUCCGCAGCUUUAGACGAGCCGAGACGCACGCAAAGAAUCGUCGCACAAGUUAUAACCCCUGAGGAGUUAGCUGCGAAACUCAACAAGGAAGGUACGGAUUCUGAAGCGGAUACAGCUGGUACGAAUGAUUUGUUCAAGCGAGCUGAUUGUUUAGAGAGGUUUUUGCUUAAAUUCCGUGCUUGGAGACGGAGGAUAUCGGAGCCACCGAAUCCAGAAGCUAUCGCUGCGUUGAGGAACCUUGGGUUUUCUUUUGAGGAGGCAGAUGAGGCGUUGAGGACUACUGGAUGCAAUGUGCCGGCUGCAGCGUCCUGGCUGAUUGGAGAACGGGGCUCGAGUGUUUUUGAACUGGUGAAUGGAUUGCCCGAAGGUGUUAUUCUCCAAACGUUGCUGAAACAGCCUCAGAUCCAGCGUGGUUUGCUGAACACCAGGAUGUUGAUAGCGUUCAUAGCGAUGGUGGGCCAAUCGGGCAGCGCGUCGCUAUGGCUCAACUCUCCGCACGGCAGUCCGCUGCUGUCGCAGAUCUCGAGGACCUACCACUCGGAGAAGUACUGCCUCGCCGUCAACCAGUUCUCGGAGCGGCAGACCACACCCGCGCCGAAAGUCCCUUCGCUGUUCUGGAGCGGCGGCGACGUGGUCUCUAACAACGGGUUUGGUUGCUACGCGCAGCGCGGCCGGCGCGCUCCCAUACUGGCUGAGAAUUACCACUUCUCGCACUCUAUGCCAGGUUUACUGUCAAUGAGUGCGACGAGGGACGGGGAGCUUUGCGGUAUGUUCAACAUCACCUUCAAGGCGUUGCCGCAGUUCGACUUCAAAAACGUCGUCUUUGGAAGAAUCAUACGGCCCUGCUCCACCUACGACGUGAUCAAGACGUUGGGCAAUCCGCUCAGCACCCACCCGGUCAUAGAGAUAGACUCCGCCAGACGCAAGAUCGAUGGCCGCUGGGUCACAGGCUCGCCUAACACAAGACUCCGACCCGAUGCCAUGAUAUAUCAUCAUCAAUCUAUUUAGGGAUAUUAGACCGUGUCCGGGAAAGGGAAUAAACGGAAAGACGAAAAUUAAAUUUUAAAAAAUUUUCUUUAGUAUCGUGUAAAUAAAUAAAUAUAUGUUAAUUGUUUAUUAUGUGUAUAAAUGUUAAUUAUGUAUACUAUGCUUUAUAUCAGAUAAGAUACGCAAUCUCUGAGCGGUCGGAAAUUAAACCUUCUGCCGUAUGCAUGAAAGAAAGGGAAGCCACAGUGGCGCCGUAACGCGUUACGUUACGAAGCGGUUUACCCAUAUGAAGUUAUCACAUAAAAAAGUUUAGAACAGUGUGCCCCUAGUGCGAGUUUUCAAUAUUUUCAUACUGUUACUAUCGCGUUAACGUAAACGCGAAUUUAUAUGGAAUUGAAACAGUUGUACAGUAGUGCCACUAGAUGGCGCUGUUUCAAUUCCUUAGAAAUUUGCGUUUACGUUAACGCGAUAGUCACUGUAUCAAACUACCUCUAGGCCUUCUGAGUAAAGAUUACUAUCGCGUUAACGUAAACGCGAAUUUAUAUUAAAUUGAAACAGUUGUGCAGUAGUGCCACUAGAUGGCGCUGUUUCAAUUCCUUAGAAAUUUGCGUUUACGUUAACGCGGUAGUCACUGUAUCAAACUACCUCUAGGCCUUCUGAGUAAAGAUUACUAUCGCGUUAACGUAAACGCGAAUUUAUAUUAAAUUGAAACAGUUGUGCAGUAGUGCCACUAGAUGGCGCUGUUUCAAUUCCUUAGAAAUUUGCGUUUACGUUAACGCGAUAGUCACUGUAUCAAACUACCUCUAGGCCUUCUGAAUAAAGAUUACUAUCGCGUUCACGUAAACGCGAAUUUAUAUUAAAUUGAAACAGUUGUGCAGUAGUGCCACUAGAUGGCGCUGUUUCAAUUCCUUAGAAAUUUGCGUUUACGUUAACGCGAUAGUAACAGUAUCAAACUGCCACAAGGCCCUUAGAGUAUAUGAUAAAAGCAUAGGAUAUAUUUUUUUUUUUAAUUUAUUUUAUUGAUAACACAACAAUUAUUGA